AGAGGGGGAAGCUAUGCGGGACAUACCGCGUGGCAACACGUUUGAAACCAGUUCUGUUGCUUGAAUUCACACAGAACGGAGAAACACUCGGGAUGGUAUAAAUACGCAGAGAGUGCGUCAGAAAGGCAACAGUUCAUUUACACUGCUCAUUCAAACCACCCAUCCAAUCCACCAUGUACAAGACUCUUGUUGCUGCUGCCCUCGCGGCCACGGCUCUCGCCGACAACCCCAGCCCCUACGAACCCGCCCCUUACAAACCCGCUCCCUACAAACCCGCCCCUUACAAACCCGCUCCCUACAAGCCCCAUUCCGAAUACAAGGAUGAGGCUCCCCAACCCUUCGCCUACCAAUACGGCGUCAAGGACGGUUACUCCGGCGCUGACUUCGACAAGAAGGAGGAGCAGGAUGCUUAUGGUAACCUUCAAGGUGAAUACCGUGUUGCCCUUCCCGAUGGCCGCACCCAAAUCGUGACUUACAACGCUAACCACGAGAAUGGAUUCGUCGCUGAUGUCAGGUACGAAGGAGAGGCUUCCUACCCCGAGUACAAGCCUGAUUACAAGCCCUCUCCUUACAAGCCCGCUCCCUACAAGCCCGCUCCUUACAAGCCCGCUCCCUACCAACCCGCUCCAUCUUAUGAGGCUUAAGUUUUGAGUUUGAUCGGAAAAGAACUUCCCGUCAUUCUUGUGUUAUUUAAUUAUUUAUCAAAACAUUUAUGUUGAAUAAAUGAUUAGU